CCCCCCCCCCCCGCCGGGGGCAGCGGACGACCAUGGCGCGGAGACCCGGAGCGCCAGCCGCCUACGGGGAGGAGUUCUCCUUCGUCAGCCCGCUGGUGAAAUACCUGCUGUUCUUCUUCAACAUGCUCUUCUGGGUGAUUUCCAUGGUAAUGGUGGCCGUGGGUGUCUAUGCCCGGCUCAUGAAGCAUGCGGAAGCAGCCUUGGCCUGUCUGGCAGUGGACCCUGCCAUCCUGCUGAUUGUGGUGGGUGUCCUCAUGUUCCUUCUCACCUUCUGUGGCUGCAUCGGAUCCCUCCGAGAGAACAUCUGCCUCCUGCAGACGUUCUCCCUUUGCCUCACCAUCGUGUUCCUGCUACAACUGGCUGCUGGUGUCGUGGGCUUCGUCUUCUCGGACAAGGCUCGGGGGAAAGUGAGUGAGAUCAUCAACAAUGCUAUCGUGCAUUAUCGUGAUGACUUGGAUCUGCAGAACCUCAUUGACUUUGGCCAGAAGAAGUUCAGCUGCUGUGGAGGGAUUUCCUACAAAGACUGGUCUCAGAAUAUGUACUUUAACUGCUCAGAGGACAACCCCAGCCGAGAGAGAUGCUCUGUGCCUUAUUCCUGUUGCCUGCCUACCCCCAACCAGGCAGUGAUCAACACUAUGUGUGGCCAAGGUAUGCAGGCCCUUGACUACUUGGAAGCUAGUAAAGUCAUCUACACUAAUGGCUGUAUUGACAAGUUGGUCAACUGGAUACACAGCAACCUAUUCCUACUUGGUGGUGUAGCACUGGGCCUGGCUAUCCCCCAGCUGGUGGGAAUCCUGCUGUCCCAGGUCCUCGUGAAUCAGAUCAAAGAUCAGAUAAAGCUGCAGCUCUACAACCAACAGCACCGGGCUGACCCCUGGUACUGAGAAUUCUCUCUGCACUUCCUCACCAUGGCGACAGGCAAGCUUGACACGUGUGCGCGCGCGCACACACACACCAACCGCAGAGGAUGCUGAGAACCGCGCCUGACCGAGCUCUGGGUUCCAGGCUGCCGGCCACGAGGACCCAGAGGAAAGCAAGCGAACUCCAGCUGGGCAGAGGGCAGGGCACGCAGGUGGCUCCGCUGUCCAAAGCAGGAUGUGCCUCAUCUCACCCAUUCUAGCCCUUGCCAUCAUUAGAGACUUAGUUUCUACUGUUCCUAACCGGAGGCAUUUGGAUUUACAUUUUGAAGUUUUGUUUGGGAAACAGCAGUGGCACAGAGAGCUUAGGGGAUUUUUUUUUUUUUUUAAAGCGGAGGUACAACAACAGACAGCCCUGUUCUGGCUUCUGCUGAGCUUGGGUGGACAGACCUAAGAGUCUGCGCCAGGGAGACCUGGCUGUGGAGAGUAGACCCUAGCAAGCCCUGCCUGGAGUCCAGUUGGCAUGCUACCAGCUCCAAAGGGAAGGGAGUGGAACAGGCAGAGGGGGAGCCUGGGGAUAGGCCAGGGACAGCUGUGUGUGCCAGUGUUAAGAGUGGUAGGGGAUAUGUUUACCAAACGCUCGCUUUGCCAUCCUACCAGGUAGUCAGAGUGAGCUACAUCCUGCCCCUCCCUCAUUUCCAUGGAAACGUGGCAGCCAGGGCAAGGGGUACAACACAGCCAAACUCAUCCCCACCCCCUUCUAAAAAAUGUUCGGAACCAUGGUCCUAUAUUCUUCAAUCGGCAGAAGUAGGACAGUCAUACAGACCCUUGAAUUCCUCUCUGUUUGCCUCCCCCCUCCAGCAAGUGGGGUUUAACUUGGCAAUGUGCAGAGGAGUGGCAACGUCCCCGCCCCCGCACCUCCAUUCUCCUGCACCAGAACUCUGCGUUUCUACAGUGUAAGGAUGAGAACUCUUGCUGGGGUUGGGAGGAGCCAGAAGUGGCAAUAAAAGUUUGCUGACCUGG